AUUCGCGCAAUGUCAGUGUACAGCAUGUGUCAAGCAAAGACAACUACUCACUGUGUGUUGUUUCAAUGAUGAAAUUUCAGUUUUUUACAUAACGUGUGCAUCAAAUGACAUCAACAACAGUGAAUUAUCAAUAAAUCCGUGUGAUAUUGUGAUAGAACAUCCCAGUGGAUUUUGAUUUGGGUGGCCCACAGUUGUAGAAUGUCUCGGUUGAAUCGUGUGACGAGAAUUUUGCACGUACAAAUCAAGUCUCAAUUCAAAAAUGACCUUACAAUAUUUACAUGGUCACGCGGUUUUGCGACGCAAACAAAUCCAAAUGAAGGCUUAUCAGAUGGACCAAUCAAGUGUUUGCAGGAAAAGAUCAAUGCAGGUGAACUCAAGCCCGAUGAACAUCAAACGAAGGUAAUGGAUGAACUGCAAACGCUUUUUGAUACCAUUCAAAUGUACACACCAGCCGAAGUAUCAUCACAGAGUUCGUUAUUCAAAUGGUUACCGAUAAAAAAUAAAAAAUCCAAGAACAACGCACCAAAAGGCCUGUAUAUCCAUGGCAGUGUUGGCGGCGGCAAAACCACAUUGAUGGAUCUAUUCUAUGAUAGUUGCACAACAAUAACGAAAAAGAAGCGCAUCCACUUCAAUUCAUUUAUGACGAACGUUCAUGCUCGCAUUCACGAAGUCAAAGAGGAGGAGAGCAAAAACCAUCAGUAUGUUGGUAGUGACAAGGCAAAUCCAUUCGAUCCGACAAGGCCGGUUGCUGAUAUGAUCACUAAAGAGACAUGGCUUCUGUGUUUUGAUGAAUUUCAGGUAGUCGACAUUGGUGACGCAAUGAUUCUCAAGAGAUUAUUCACGCAUCUGUUCGACCGUGGUAUUGUUAUGGUGGCAACAAGCAAUCGAGCCCCCGAUGAUCUGUACAAAAAUGGCUUGCAACGAAGCAAUUUCCUACCGUUUAUCGAUAUUUUGAAAGAGCGCUGCGAUGUGAGCUCUUUGGAUAGUGGCAUAGAUUACAGAACACUCGCCAUCAAAGGCGAUGGAACGAACUUUUUCGUGAAAUCGAAAUGCAAUGCCGACGACGAGCUAAACCGAAUAUUCAAAAUACUGUCUAGUCAAGAGAAUGAUGUGGUACGACCUCGAACAAUCACCCAUUUGGGAAGAGACUUGAAUUUCGACAAAACAUGUGGCCAAACUUUGUUCAGCACAUUCGAGGAUUUAUGCGAUCGACCACUGGCAGCAAGUGAUUACCUCCAAAUAUCGCAGUUCUUUCACACGGUCAUCAUCAAAGACAUACCACGAUUGACGCUCGACUCAAAAUCACAAGCUCGACGAUUUAUCACACUCAUUGAUACGCUGUAUGAUAAUCGAGUGCGGGUGGUGGCUUCCUCGGAUGUUCCACUCGAUCAACUAUUCUCAACGGAGAAAAAAGACGCUGGUUUUAUUUCCGAUGAGGAUCGUAAACUGAUGGACGACCUGAAUAUAGCACCAGGAUCGGAUCAAGCAGCGGCGAAUGUGUUCACCAGUGACGAAGAGAUUUUUGCGUUCCAACGAACGGUGUCGCGGUUGUCAGAGAUGCAGGGUAGCGACUACUGGGAACAAUGGAAUAAGAAAUCCCAUUAAAUCUAUUCAAAUUCGAAUAGAUUCGAUACACCAUUCAACUUAUUGCAAUCAACGUACUUAUCGGCAUUGGAUGCUGAAUUUUGAAAAACACAAAUUUUUUCCCUUAAUUUUGCAUUAUUGUUAUUGUUAUUUAAAGGAAACUGUACGUAUUGUAAAUAAUUUAUUUGAAAAAAUGCACAUGUAAGCAUAUGAAUGAUUCACAA